GGCCAAGGUGGACAAAUAGGACCAGCAGUUAAGGCGGUACAAUCAAGGACUGCCAAAAGCACCUCAAAAAAACGGGACGAAGAUGCAUCCACUGAAGCGGGAGAGGGGGCAGAUGAAUGGACACUGUCAAAAACUCUACUCAAACCCCCAGACCAACUUGAGUUGACCGAAGCUGAAUUAAAAGAGGAAGUUACACGCAUCCUGACAGCCAAUAAUCCACAUGCUCCCCAGAAUAUUGUCCGAUACAGCUUUAAGGAACGAGCAUACAAGGCAAUAAGCUAUGUGGACCAACUGGCCAUUCACUUCUCCUUAGAUGGGAACCUGUUACUCAGAGACUCUGACGAAGGCAGACGGCAGAGUGCCAAAAUAGGCUUGGAACCAGAACUGGCUCCUGUUGAGUCCACAGUGAUAGAAGUUGAAGAGGCAGAGGUUAAAGAAGAAGGAAGCAAAGAAGAUAUUCCGGCUGCAUCAGCAGAAGAAGCAGGUGAAGGGGAAGAACCUCCUCCCCAUUCGAUGAAGGAACAGAAGCUCACCAACCAGUUCAACUUUUGCGAGAGAGCUUCACAGACUUUCAACGACCCCGUGAGGGAAAGAGCAUGUCAAAUGGAGCCUCCACCUAGAGCAACCUUUUCUGCCACUGCUAACCAGUGGGAGAUCUAUGAUGCCUAUGUGGAGGAGCUUCAGAAACUUGAAAAGUCGAAGGAGAAAGAGAAGCAAAAACCUCUGGUUGCAAAGAAAGAAGACAAGCUGAGAGGGAGAAAGUUAACCUCUCUAGAGUCUCAGAGUGAUGAUGUAACCAAGGUGACCAAGGCAGCUAAAAUAGUGGAGCGGAUGGUCAAUCAGAAUACCUUUGAUGACCUUGCACAAGAUUUUAAAUAUUUUGAGGAUCCCGCUGAUGAGUACAGAGACCAGGAGGGGACUCUCCUUCCACUGUGGAAGUUUCAGUAUGACAAAGCCAAGAGGCUUGCAGUUACUGCCAUCUGCUGGAAUCCGAGGUACAAGGAUCUGUUUGCAGUGGGACAUGGCUCUUAUGACUUCAUGAAGCAGAGCCGGGGGAUGCUCCUUCUGUACACCAUGAAGAACCCCUCCUUCCCCGAGUACAUCUUUAGCAGCGAGAGCGGCAUCAUGUGCCUCGACAUCCACAAUGACCAUCCCUAUCUUCUUGCCGUGGGCUUCUAUGAUGGCAACGUGGCCAUCUACAACCUGAAAAAGUUGCACUCGCAGCCAGGCUACAAGAGCUCUGCCAAGUCAGGGAAGCACACAGACCCCGUGUGGCAGGUCAAAUGGCAGAAGGAUGACCUGGACAAUAAUUUGAACUUCUUCUCCAUCUCUUCAGAUGGGCGGAUUGUAUCAUGGACUUUAGUUAAGAAUGAGCUGGUUCAUUCAGAUGUCAUCAAGCUGUCAGUAGAGGGAACAACGAUGGAAGGGCCAGAGGGACUGCAGCUGCAAACAAUUGGUUGUGGUACUUCCUUUGAUUUUCACAAGAAGAUCGAUUAUUUAUUUCUCGUUGGCACUGAAGAAGGGAAAAUCUAUAAGUGUUCAAAAUCCUAUUCAAGCCAGUUUCUAGACACCUUUGAUGCUCACCACAUGGCUGUUGACGCAGUGAGCUGGAACCCCUACCACAUGAAAGUCUUCAUUUCCUGCAGCUCUGACUGGACUGUCAAGAUCUGGGACCACACCAUAAAGACCCCGAUGUUCAUCUUUGACCUGAAUUCUGCUGUGGGGGAUAUUGCCUGGGCCCCUUACUCCUCCACUGUCUUUGCUGCGGUCACCACGGAUGGGAAG